CCAGAGAGAGAAAAAUAGAAAGGAUUUCUGAGAUUAUCACCAAAGAAGGUGACAAAAUUGCCCACGAACUCGUUACGAAGUUCGAGAAAGUCCGCAUACAUGUUCAUGACGUCCAGGACAAUAAAGACCAUCUCCGCGAGCUUGGAGUCCAAGCUAAAGCCCGUAUUCACGACUAUCUUAAAGUCCAUCUCCACGAGGCUGUUGACAAGCCUGUCCACGAGACUGUCGACAAGCCUGUCCACGAAAUUGUCGACGACAAAUUCGAUGAGGUUGACGAAAUCGCCUGCAAAGAUUACGACAAAGUAUCUGAAAAUCCCUUCGAUGAAUUUAUCACAGACAGUGACGUAGAGACAGACCACACUUACGUGGAGGUGCGUAAAUAGGCAGCUGACGAAGACGCCGCCAAAUCCUGAUGACAAAGUUAUUAGUCCUAUGAAGGUUGACGAUGGUGCCACUCAGGCCCUUAGGAAACUGGUUGAGCAAGUCGCCUGCAAGUUCAUAAUCGAGGUGGUUAACAAAUGGAAAGAAAGAAGAGAAAGGAAAGAAGAAAAUGAAAAAUACCAAUUUAACUUCAAGGGCUUUAUCAAGCUAUUUAAAGAUGCCGCCAACUUUAAGGCCAACUUCGAUCCCAAGUCUGUCGAGCCCACCAACUUUUACACUGACUUCGACUUCUACGGCUUUGUCGAGCUCUUUAAGGAUGCCACCAAACCCCACACCAAACACGAUCCCGAGGGCUCUGUCGAGCUCCUUAAGGAUGCCAACAACUUUUCCACUGAGUCCGAUUCCGAGGCCGUUGUCAAGGUCCCUGAGGAUGCCGUCAAAUCUUACACUGAGUUCGACCUCUGGGGCCUCGUCAAGCUAUUUGAAGAUGCCGCCAACUUUUACGCUACCGUCAACGGUUACGCUGAUGUCGACUUUUACGCUGACUUCGACUUCGACGGCUUUGUCGAGCUAUUUGAGGAUGAGGAGGACUAUGUCAUGGUCGAUCGCAACACAAUGAUGCCGUCUGCCACGGAUGAUGAGGUGCUGGCAACCGAGGUCACUGAAAAGGCAGCUGCAAGGACUAGAACAUGGUGGUUCUUUUGGUGAGGCUGAAUUGCUUUGAGUUGAUGCGAUGUGUUAAACGAGGGUGAUGUGUUGGGUUUUUCAUGACUUCAUGAGCUAGGUUGAAAAAACGAUGAGUGAAGUUGUACGAUAGGCACGCAGAAUAAAAGACAAAA